UUGAACGGUGCCAAACAAACUUGUGUUCUUUUUUGUUUUUAAGUGGAAGUUCAAAUCUAUAAUGUUCAGCGUAUCUACAUUGUAUAUUCCGAGCAAAAACUAUGUAUAUUUUACCCAGGAAUUAAUUUCAAGCUCCUUUUUGAUAUUUGAUUGAUUUGAGAGUCCAGAAACAAUUUUUUUUUAUAAAUUUGAAAGAGUACCUGAUUCAUUCAUCUUCAGGGACCACGGCCAUACUUCAUAAUGGAUUACAAACUCAUUGUUGUGAUCAUUUCAAUUAUUUUGAGUGCUCUUGAGACUUCUGGAUAUAAAAUUUUGGGCUUAUUUCCUUAUGUUGGUCAAAGUCAUGAUGUAAUGUUCAAGAGUAUAAUGAAGGAGCUAGUUAAAAGGGGACAUGUAGUAGACGUGUUAAGUCAUUAUCCUCGCGAGAAAUCAAUGUACAAUUACACGGAUUUAAGUGUUUUAGGCUCUGUUCCUUUAUUGCCCAACAAUCAAGAGUCCUUUGAAACGCCCGUAAUCAGUAAAUUGGAUAUUUUUAAUGCAUUAGAAAUGUUUUGGUUCCACUCUGCCAUCAAAAAACACGAACGCGUCAUGGAAUCAGCAGUCGCCCAGGAACUGAUAAAAUCCGAAAAAAGGUACGACUUGAUAAUUACAGAGUCGUUCGCAACAGACAUGAUAAUCGGCUUCGUGGACAAAUUCAAGGUGCCAUUCGUCCUCCUGUCUUCAUGCGCGCUGCCCCCUUGGACGAGCGACAUCGUGGCCAACCCCCAGAACCCAGCCUUCGUCCCUGUGUUCACGUCUCGGUUCAGCUCCAGGAUGUCUUUCGCGGAGCGAGUCAUCAACGCGGGCCAACUCUUCCUCAGCCUCGUGUCCUGGUACGGGCUAAUCGUUCCGGCCAAUCAACGGAUUAUACGGGAGCACUUCGGGAACGAUGCCCCGCCUAUUUUGGAUACCCUGAAGAAUGCAAGCCUCGUUUUGAGCAACACCCAUUCGACCAUCCAUGGCGCACGACCACUUGCAGCUAAUGUUAUCGAUGUUGGUGGAGUGCACAUAGAGCCUGCGAAAAAAUUACCUGAGGACAUAGAGAAAUUCAUCGAGGAGUCUCCACAUGGUGUUAUUUAUUUUUGUUUGGGGUCCAUCAUAAGAGCAGCCACCUUACCUGAAGAGAAGAGGAGUGCCUUCGUCCACACAUUUUCAAGAUUAAAGGAGCGUGUUUUAUGGAAGUUUGAGGAUGAAAAUUUACACGUUCCCGAUAACGUCAUGGUCAAGGCAUGGAUCCCUCAGAGGGAUAUCCUAGCUCAUCCAAAAGUCAAGUUGUUCAUUAGCCAUGGUGGUUUGUUUGGGACAUUGGAGGCAGUGAGCGAAGGAAAGCCAAUGCUGAUUAUGCCGAAGGAUAGUGAUCAGCCAAUGAACGCACAAGCUUUGAAAGCUCAAGGAGUGGCCCAAAUUCUUGAAUUAGACGGAAUACGCAACGAAACAAUCCACGAAACCAUCAGAGAAAUGUUAAAACCGAAAUACGCAGAGAGAGCAAAAGAACUCGCCAGAUUAUUCCAUGACCGGCCAAUGUCAGCGGCAGACACAGCAGUUUACUGGAUUGAAUACGUCAUUCGAAACGGAGGAGCCAAACAUUUACGCUCCUCGGCUGUGGAUCUACCGUAUUACCAGUAUCUUUUACUAGACGUGCUCCUUUUCUACUUUUUUUCUGUGAUAACUAGUGUCUAUGUCAUUUAUUCAUCAAUAAAAUGGUUGUGCUGUAGCAAUAAACAAAUUAAUGUCAAUUCAAAGAUGAAAUGGCAAUAA